UUAGAAUGCUCAAUUAAUAGGCUUUGUUUAGGUUUUAAAUGCACAUUGUGUUGAUGAAUGUGACAUUCAGAAUAUAAAUAAUUGUAUUAGUGUUGUAAUUCGCCGGAGUAAAACCAUUUUUUAUUUUGACAGCUCGGAUGUUUACUACAUUGGUGGCUGCGUAAUGCGGUUCUUAACUUGCAGUCAAGGAAAUUCUUUAACGGGACAAAUGUUCUCGAAUUUAUGAUUGCCUAAAUUUAUGUUGCUGACAAUCCAUAAUCCGUAUUAAAACCUGUUUAAAUUUCUUGUUCUUCAAGGCUGUCAUCCCCAGAUUUAUCAUUAAAAUGGCCAAACUCAUCGCAGUUUGUCGUUCUGACGAUUAUCAAUUCGAAAGGAGGCAAAUUCCACUUUUCGUGGACGAUUCCUUAACAAUGGUAGUGCAGUUUGCAGAUAAAUGUAUAGACUGUGAUCAUGUGAAUGGAAUGAAAUGUAAAGAUAUGGAACGAUUUGUGCAGAGGUUUGGUGCUCUUUCCAAAGAUGAGGUUGCUGUUGCCAUGAUGGUUACUAGUAAAGACAUAAUGAAUCUUCUAACUCACCUUGUGCCAUGUGUUGGUUGUCGAAGGAGUGUUGAACGUCUGUUUAAUCAACUGGUCAAGUCUCAACAUCCAGCCUUAGAGCCGUUAAUAGUUACCCAGGGAGCCGUGUUGUCGAUUAACCGAAACUAUUUGUUUGACCCAAGAGCUCUCUACUCCCUAUUUUAUAUUCAUGGGGCAAAGCUAUCAAGCAUGGUUGAUUCUAUUCCCAAAAGUAAAAAGAACAAGCGUUGUAAUCUACAUUCCCUAGAAACACACAAAACUAAGACAACAGCGAGCUGGAUAGAUAUAUGGGACUUGCUUUCAAAGGAGUGUAGGGAAGAAGUGCUUCUUGUUGAUGCCGACUGCCUUCUUGAUACACUAGAGACCUACCUUCGUAAACACAGGUUUUGUUCUGAAUGCAAGUCAAAGGUGUUGCGGGCAUACAGUAUCCUUGUUGGUGAUGUGGACAGUGCGAAGGAGAAGGGUUACUGCCCGGCGUUAUACGAGGGUCUACGCUGUUGUCCCCAAGAGAGGCACAUACACAUGUUGUGUGAGACAGACUUCAUUGCUCACCUUAUAGGCCGGGCUGAGCCCGAGCUCAUUGGCAGCAAUGGAAGGAGGGACCGCCAUGCUAAAACAUUGGACAUUGCUCAGGAAGAAGUGUUGACCUGUCUCGGCAUCCACACGUACGAGCGGCUACAUAAGAUAUGGCAGAAACUGAAGGCAGAGGAACAGACCUGGCAGAUACUAUUCUUCCUUGGGGUGGACGCACUGAAGCAGAGCUUUGAGAUGGCGCUGGAGCGUAAGCAGGGAGUGUCCAACCUGGAGCUGAUGUGUGAGGAGCUGCUGGAGGAGGAGAGGGCACGGGAGCACAGGCAGGAGAAGAAGCGGCAACGCAGGAAGAAGAAGAAGGCCAAGUCUGGCCAGCUUGAGCUCCCUGCUAGCGAGAAGGAAAACAUGCAGGUUGAAGAGGAUGAGGAGCCGGAUGACAGAUGUGAACAGUGUGAUAGUCCUCCAGCAUGUAAUGUGACAAAGAAGCCCCCGCAGUCAUGUACAUCUAUGGGUUUGCACCAUAACUGUGGAGACCACAAUUCCAAUACAACUCUUGCCUCCAUGGAGAGUUGUCGUAGUUGUGACCGGGCGGGAGACAGCCAUUGCUGGAGUUCCCCCGACCCGAAAAGUGCCCGAGCUCGAUCACCUCACUCCCUCAGCCCUAAACGACACUCACCUCUCAAGCCCCUCACUAUGAUGGGCAGUCGGAGUAGUGAUAACGGAUAUUCUUCUUGUGGAGAUGGUUCGUGUGACUGCAGCAGUAUGCCCAGUUCCAAUGAUGGCUCAGACAUUGCUUGCUCAGAAGGAAUUUGUACGGGUGCACUUGAUGGUGAGGGUGAGGACCAUGUGUGUAAUCCCCAGCAGCAUAAGGUGAGAUGUCCGAUGUCAGAACUGUCUCUGGAAAGCGGCAUACAUACCUCCCCACCUCCAAAAGGAAACAAGUGUGAGGACUACUUCAUUCCUACCUGUAAGGGUGACUGCAGUAAGCAAGGCCAAUACAAGAUGACAUUCAGCUUAGAGGAUAUGCUAGAGCAAUUCUGUUCAUCUGAAGACGAGGCCGUGAUAUCGGAAGAGGAGAUUCUGAGGUUCAAGGAGAACGAGUCGAAGCUCAAGGCAAAACGUCAGGAGCUGCGCGAGACAUUACGCGAGAGGUUCAACAACAUGCAGCACAAGAGCCAGUCCGGGGGAGGGGGGAGUACCCCACCCACCCAGCAGUAGUGAUGGGAGGGUGUGCAGGGAAAUCCCCAGAAACCCAUGCAGAUAACAGACAUGUCAUUGAAUUCGGACUCUGUGCGCUUCAGUACUUUUAUCUGUGAUGUUUUUAAUUAUGUAGAAAUUUAAUGAACUGUGUUAUUGGGACAUAUUUGGUUUAAACUAUCUAUUCUAUAUUAUAUUUAAUAAAGAUACAUCUUAGGAUACAUAUUGUGAACAGGGACAGGUGCAUGUCAUUUUAUCCUUAAUCAUUUUCUUUUUAUGUGAGUCAUUAACUUCUGAUCCUGUGAUUAGUAGCAAAUUUGUACAUGAACAAGUGAGCGAAAUCUCUUUAAAAUUACAGCCAAUGAAAUGCAUUAUGCACAUACAUGUACAUGCCCCAAAAUAUGGGUAUUUAUAAGUGAUGUUUAGAUAAAGGGAACUGCCCAUUUAGGAUGUGAUCUUUUCUAACGUUGCAAAAAAAAGCUCCGAGUAUUGUCAUAUUAUGAACACCAGGAAAUGGUCUGGCUUUAUAUGUCUCUGUUAUUUUUUUUUUACUGACUAAGUGUGAACAACCUUGUGCUAAUAAGUAAUAUAUGUUUAAAUUAUUUGUAUUUAUUUUCUUUAUUUCCAGAGGUAUUUUGAGAAUUGUUACUGUAACGAAAUAGUGUUGUAUUGACUGGUGAUCAUAUAAUGUACAUGUAUUUGGUUUAAAACAAUAUUCAUUUAUAAGACAGAUACAAGGUUAUACAUACAUGUGUAAACAUUAAGCAAUUUUUACAUGUGCGUAUCGACAUAUGUUUUACAAAAAUAAAAAUGGUACCAAACUAAUUGAGCACCUGUUGAAUGCUUAAUGAUAUUGAUGGAGACAGAGUGAAGAAGAAAGCCUGAAGCUUAUCCAAUGUCUGGCUUCUGAACAUGUAUUUCAACUAUUGGCCUUACAUGUAGGUUAUUUCAGUCUAUAGCUAUUGUCUGGGUUAUAUUAUAUUUUAACUUGGUUAGUGUUUAAUGUAAGAAGGGGCAUCACCUUACAGUUGUUGGGUUUUUUAUGUGUUUUCUUUUUACGUUUUUCAUGACCAAUGCUUUCAAGGAUUCUUACACUCUUAUUAAUUUCUUCGAAAAAUAUUUUGUAUGUGGUUAAUGCUUUGGCUUUGAACUAUUCAGUGGUAUUGGCACACAAAGAUAAUACUGUAAUAACGUAAUUAAAUAGAUGAGAAUGCAUCUAAAUCAAAUUAUAUUGUUGAGUUAUUGUCAUAGCCUUGGUGUCGGCAGUGUUAAAGUCUUGGGGUAAAAACUUAACCAUUGGUCAUAACUCAAAUUUAUCUUUCAAGAUAUUCACAUAAAACUUCGUACACAUGUUACAAGUGACACUAUGUAAUUGUGUACCAAGGUCCAUAACUCUAGCUUCUUUAAUGAUAGUUGGAAAAGUUGUUGCAAGAAUUUAGCUUGAAAGUACCCUUUUUGCACAUGUGCAUCAAGGCCAAGAACAAUGACUUUAAUAAUGGUUGAGUUAUGCCUUAUAUUUGAUUGAAAAAAUCAGUAAAAACAUACAAGCGUUCAGCUCCCUCUAUAUAUAUUCGAUCUUUAGAUUGUUAUUGACACAUUUAUCUGUAGGCGUCUCUGGACAGUUAUAUGUUUCAAUAUAACGAAUAUUAUCUAUCUUGAGAUAGGAACGUGUUGCAUUUUUAUUUUGUCUUUUGUUUUUUCUGGCUGAGUUCAAUAUUUUGUGAAGACAUUUUGGAGUCUUGCUACAAUUUGUUAAUGACAUUGUUAAUGUGAUACUAUUUUAAUAGCAUGCUUGAAGGCUGCCGAAUAAAACAUUAUAUUUAAAA